CAAAACAAAAUUAAAUUAAAAAACCUAAUAAUGGUAAAAACAUGGGGAACAUAAUUUUCACAAACAAAAUACUUCCUUAGAGAAUAAUUCCCAUAUCCCAAAUUUGUUAAUCUUAUACAAUAGCAACUCUUUGGCGUCAACAUGUGCCGUGCAGCAAAGAGAACACCAAGCACACAUUAAUUUUGAUUUCAAAGUGGACCCAAGAAGCAUGGUGACCACAAGUCUUCAGGGCCACAAACACCACCAUUAAGUGCAAAAAUUUGCCAAUGGGAAUGAGGCAAUCUCACCUUAUCUAAACUCCAACCACAACCUUCAAUACACACAUCAUCUCCUCCUUCCACAUCACUUUUUAUCAAAUAUAUUCACACCAAUCUUACCAUUAGACUCAUCAUCUUUGUUAAGGGGAAAAAAAAGAGAGAGAACUUUAGAAAUUUUUUUCAGCAAUGGCAGCCAUGAACUCUAGUGUUUUGGCAUGCAAUUAUGCCAUUUCAGGCACUGGAUCUGGGUCAUCUGAGCUUGCCUCAAAGCUUGCUUCAAUGCCUGCAGGUGUUUCCUCUGGCCCCAAUUUGCCUGUGAUCAGAGCCCAGAAAGCUAGAGCUUCUUCUGAAUCCAAAAGUGAGGGAAGGAGAGCUGCUAUGCUUUGUCUUGCAGCUACCGUUUUCACCUCUGCUGCUGCUGCUUCCUCUGCCAAUGCUGGAGUCAUUGAAGAAUACCUUGAAAAGAGCAAGGCUAACAAGGAACUGAACGACAAAAAGAGGUUGGCCACAAGUGGUGCAAAUUUUGCAAGAGCAUACACAGUGGAAUUUGGUUCAUGCCAGUUCCCUGAGAAUUUCACUGGCUGCCAAGAUCUUGCCAAGCAAAAGAAAGUGCCUUUUCUCUCUGAAGAUUUGGCUUUGGAGUGUGAAGGGAAGGACAAAUACAAGUGUGGCUCUAAUGUUUUCUGGAAAUGGUGAAGUGGUCAAGGUUUCUCUUCAAAUUUCCCCUUUUCCAACAUGUAUCUAGAUCAUCCAAGAAUUAAACUUUACACCCAUUAGAACUCUAAUUUUCUUUUCAUAA